CACUAUUCUAUCAAAAUGUGUGACGACGAAGUUGCUGCGUUGGUUAUCGACAACGGCUCCGGCAUGUUUAAAGCCGGGUUCGCCGGUGAUGAUGCCCCAAGAGCUGUUUUCCCCUCCAUCGUGGGUCGUCCCCAUCACCAGGGUGUGAUGGUCGGUAUGGGAGAGAGAGACAGCUACGUCGGUGAUGAGGCUCAGUCCAAGAGAGGCAUCCUCACCCUGAGUUACCCCAUUGAGCACGGUAUCGUCACCAACUGGGACGACAUGGAGAAGAUCUGGCAUCACACCUUCUACAACGAGCUUCGUGUGGCUCCAGAGGAGCACCCCGUCCUCCUGACAGAGGCUCCCCUCAAUCCCAAAGUCAACCGUGAAAAGAUGACCCAGAUCAUGUUCGAGACCUUCAACACUCCAGCUAUGUAUUUGGCCAACCAGGCAGUUCUGUCUCUGCUCGCUUCUGGUCGUACCACGGGUAUUGUUUUGGACUCUGGUGAUGGGGUCACCCACACUGUACCUAUCUAUGAAGGCUUCGCCCUUCCUCAUGCUAUUCUCAGGAUGGACCUUGGUGGCCGUGAUCUCACUGAUUACCUUACGAAGAUUCUGACAGAGCGUGGCUACUCCUUCACCACCACUGCCGAGCGAAAUAUCGCCAGGGACAUAAAGGAGAAACUGUGCUAUGUUGCCCUCGACUUCGAGCAGGAGAUGCAAACUGCUGCAUCCUCUUCCUCACUGGAGAAGAGUUAUGAGCUUCCUGACGGACAGGUCAUCACCAUUGGCAACGAGAGGUUCCGUUGUCCAGAGGCCCUCUUCGAGCCAUCAUUCUUGGGUAUGGAAUCUGCCGGUAUCCACGAAAUAAUUUACAACUCCAUUAUGAAGUGUGAUGUUGAUAUUCCUAUGUAUGUGGCCAUUCAGGCCGUUCUUUCUCUGCACGCUUCCGGUCGUGCGACGGGUAUUGUUUUGGACUCUGGUGAUGGUGUCACCCACACUGUUCCCAUCUAUGAGGGAUAUGCCUUACCACACGCCACCAUGGAACUUGACAUUGCUGGUAGCGAUCUCACUGAUUACUUGAUGAUGAUUCUCACAGAGCGCGGUUACUCCUUCACCAUCGCCGAGCGAAAUAUCGUCAGGGACAUCAAGGAGAAGCUGGCCUAUGUCGCCCUCGACUUCGAGCAGGAGAUGGCUACAGCUUCCACUUCUUCCUCCCUGGAGAAGAGCUACGAGCUUCCCGACGGUCAGGUCAUCACUAUUGGCAACGAGAGGUUCCGUUGUCCAGAGAUCCUCUUCCAGCCAUCCUUCUUGGGUAUGGAAUCAACCGGUAUCCCCGAAACAACAUUCAACUCCAUUAUGAAGUGUGAUGUUGAUAUUCGUAAGGUCUUGUAUGCCAACACUGUUCUCUCAGGAGGUAGCACCUUGUGCUCAGGUAUCGCUGACCGAAUGCAGAAGGAGAUCACAGACCUUGCUCCCAGCACAAUGAAGAUCAAGGUCAUCGCUCCUCCAGAGAGGAAAUACUCCGUCUGGAUCGGUGGCUCCAUCCUUGCCUCUCUGUCCACCUUCCAGCAGAUGUGGAUCAGCAAGCAGGAGUAUGCUGAGUCUGGCCCAUCCAUUGUUCACAGAAAGUGUUUUUAGUGACUGACUUAGAAUACAAUGGUGACACCUUUAUUCACCGUCAUGGACAAUAUUAGUUGUUAUUCGGAUCGUAAAGGAAGGUAAAGGGAAGAAAAAUAAACUUUCAAUUACAACAGAUGUAUUGCACGAAUGGGGGAUAUGAGCUUAUCACUGAUUAUUAGAUGUAUUAAAUAGGUCAGCUCUAUUAUCGAAGUGACAAAAUGUAGACAUUCUUUCUUGAAUCCUGUGAACAGUGUAAUCUGAUGCAACUGAGGCUACAGUGAGCACAAUUUUGGUACAAAUCAGGAAAUGAUUUAUUUAUAUCAGUGAUGUCAAUGUGCCGCAAUAUAAUGUCAGUUUAUGUGAGGCGUAGCAUGUCACAUGAAUGAAUUUAGCCCGAAUAUGUUGCAUAAAUGUAUCAAGUACAGAAUAAUGAAAGCAACUGUAAAUCGAUUUGGGAAAACUA